AUGUAUUAUCUGUGCAUAUACGAAGCCUGUAAUCUUCAGAUAUUCGACUUCUCCUUUUGUUUUACCCUUGGUGUUCUAGUCAAGCCCAAUCCGUUGUUCCCAAUUGCCGGCGGGUACAUUGAAGGUCCGAUUCGAUACCUCGGAGAUACUGGUGCUGUUUUGGCAGUAUGUUCUUUGUGCCUUCUUUUUAUUUUUAGUUACUGCUGAUAAUUAAUACUGCUGGCUACUGCCUAUCCACGCAAUGUUGUUGCCUAGCCUAUCGGUUCGCGGUCCUUCAGAAUUCGCAGUGGUGGAUGAACCUGGUGCUUUCGUGGAAGUCUUGGGUCUAUGGUUAUUUGAUCUCGGCGUUUGUGAGUGCCGUGUCGGUCUUUAUCUUUGCACGACUUCAGCCAUCGCAAGAGGUAAGGAUGCUGAGAUUAAUAGGGGAAUUUCAAAGGUUUGCUUAAAAUUAAUCGCAAAUCAUGCCUAUAUUUUUUAAAAAGCUUUAAAAAGCUUUUGUUAAUAAAAAGCUACGAAAGCAAAUCUUUCCUUGUAAGCCCUUGUAAAAGUAUUUAUUUUCUACCAUUGUUUCCAGAGAGUUCGAGAACUUUUGACCGCCGACUGCCAGAUCCUCGGACUCCCGCUUCCCAACUUCAACGGAACUGUCAUCCUUUAUGUUGAUUACCGAAGUGAAUACGGGCUUGCUGCUGGAGUCUUUAUCACAGUUGGGUUCUUUAUAGCCGAGGUUGUAUCGCUCGGGUUUGUCUUUGUUUUACUAAGGAUGUUAGAAGCAAAGAAAGAGAGCUUCAGCAAGAUUACCUACAAACUUCAUCGACAACUGACCAUUGCGUUGGGUGUUCAGGUAAAGAUUGUGUUGAAAAAACAAGUUCGUUGUUCAAUUUCAGCUUCUAACUCCAUUUCUUUUUAUCGUUCUUCCCGUCUCCUAUGGAGUCAUCCAAAUAUUUCGAUGGAAAUUGAGCCUGGAUGCUGGGAGGAUGAUCAUCAACUUCAUUGAGCUGUAUGGCUGCUCCAAUUCGCUAGUUACGCUAUAUUUUAUCAAGCCUUAUCGCGACUUUUUACUGUCCAAAAUCCGAGCUUUUAUUCAGUUUGUCUCUGUUGGCCGGCUUUGUAAAGAAGUUCCCAUAGUAAUGGUCUCAGCCCCAGAAAGUACAGUAAUCUCGGCGUUGAUGUGA